GCUUUUUCUCCGUGCACGUUGCACGUUUCCUUGUUCAGCUUCUGUCACCAACCAGCAUGUAAUUAAUUCAAUUCACUGGACGCAUAUACCGGUACACACUCUCUCGCUUUCAUUUAGACAACAGUCGCAGCAAAGAAAUUGGACACAACUCGUGACGAUUUUUGGUCCCUUUGCUUUCUUGCUCGAUAUCCAACCCUAAUGUGCUUCAAUACAUUUGCGUAAGAUUUCAAACGUUUCAGUGAUACGACAAGGCCCGUCGAGCCAUUUUCCAAUUGCUUUAGCUCGCCCUAGUAUCGCCAGCUUGGGAUCCCCAUGACGGACCGAAUCAUGUCAACCAAACAGCCUAUUGACGCCGAUGCUUUGCUACCAAGGGAUGCAAAUGUUCAGCUCCCACAUCGCGUAGUAGAGAAUGCUAAGAAUAAAGCACCGGCUACCAAAGCUCUCCAGAAGGAAAAAGAGCUGCCCCCCCAGCCUCCUUCCAUCAUCCCCGAACCGCCAAGUUUCGACCGUAAAAAUGGCGCUACAUACCAAGUUGGAAAGAUGCUGGGAAAGGGUGGAUUCGCCGUAUGUUACGAGGGAUAUCUUACCCGAGAUGAUGGAAGUAAGAGGAAGUACGCCUUGAAGAUUGUAAGGAGCAAGAUGCCGCCCAAGAUGGAGCAAAAGUUCCAAACUGAAUUGCAAAUCCACUCGAAGAUGAAGCAGCAGAAUAUUGUCCAGUUUCUAAGAGCUUUUUCCUUUGAGAAUUGUACCUAUCUCAUCCUCGAACUGUGCCCCAAUGGCUCGUUGAUGGAUAUGGUCAAGCGAAGGAGGGGUCUAACAGAGCCCGAAGUACGAUUCUACUCGGUGCAAAUUGCCGGCGCUAUCAAGUAUAUGCACGCCAAAGGCAUCAUCCACCGAGACUUAAAGAUGGGCAAUAUCUUUCUCGACAAGAAUAUGAACGCCAAAAUUGGUGAUUUCGGCUUGGCAGCGUUGCUAGUCACAGGUAAAGAUAUGCAGACAAUUCGGCGCACAACCUUGUGUGGCACGCCGAACUAUAUUGCACCCGAGAUUUUGGAGAAGGGAAAGAAGGGUCACGAUCAUAUGGUUGAUAUAUGGAGCUUAGGCAUUAUUAUGUUUGCAAUGCUUACUUCUAAGCCACCGUUCCAAUCAUCGACGACGGAUGAGAUCUAUCGUCGUGCCAAGAAUCGAGACUACGAAUGGCCUAAGCCUGAGACAUCUAACAAAUAUAUCUCACAGGAAGCCAAGGACGUUGUCGCUACUAUGCUGGAAGAGGCAGACCGCCGGCCAGACCCGGACACUAUUGUUCAACAUGAUUUCUUCCUCUCGGGCUAUGUUCCGACAGCAUCGGAGAUAACAACAAAGUUGCGAGACUUCCCACCUGACGCGGAUCAUUUUUAUGCUGUAGAUUUGACGCCCCGAAUGGCCUCACAAAAUCUGCGCAACUUGAAAGAGAUGUGCAGGAGUUGCGAGGUUGGACCGUGGAGCAACGCUCAGUCAGUACACAAGAGCACCUGGCGAGAGGUUGCUCUUGAAGAAAAGGCUGGAUUAACCCCUAUUAUCCCUCUUGUUGAGGGUAUUGUGUAUAGACCAUAUGAAGAGGUUAGCAAGGAACAGAAUCUUGCCCAGGUACCCUCUCGAUUGCCUCCUCAGCCAGCCAUGAGCAAAGAGGAUGAGGGAUCAGGAUCCCAAGGAGGUGUAAAUGGCCUUUUACGCGCACCUCCUCAAAGUUUCGCUGCGCAGCAACGGGCACAAGGCCGACCAACAAGAACAGCUGCUAUGCCACGAUCCCGUACGUUAGAUGAAAUGCCCGCGCCUAGUGCUAGUGGUACUAUGCGAUCACGUUCAAGGCGAGAACUCCCCCAAAGCUCCACACAGGCCAAUCUCUCAUCGAGAGCAACCACGGGAUCUUCCACCACUACAAUUCAACGGACUAGAACGGCUGAGACUAGAACGAUUGAGACUACAGUGCCAGUACCCGCUCCCGCGCCUGCGCCUGCGCCUGCGCCCACCCCAAUAGUGGAAGUUAAGAGAACGGAAACUCAGCGAAAGCCAAGUGAACAAACGACGAUGACAACGAAGUCGAGCUCAACGGGACCACCAUCGGGAAGCCUUUUUGGGCCAACGGAACGCAAGAUGGCAGUAGCGGAAACACACCCGGAUUUUGUCUUGGACAGGCUCCAACGCCUCCAGACCGAGCUUGAGCGUGCUCUGAAUUCGAGAUCGAUGGCAAUUAUGGGCAAGACGCCAACGCCUUCCCCACCUCACAUAGUCGUGAAGUGGGUAGAUUACUCUAACAAAUUUGGUCUUGGCUAUAUCCUAAAUGAUGGAAGCGUGGGUUGUGUCCUCAAGAGCAUACCAGGCAGUGCUAAGGGAGGCAAGACGGUUACCCUCCCCCCGAGUUGCAUUCUAGUUCGGGAGGCUGAACAACAUUGCUCACGACGCCACGAUCCCGGAUAUCCCGAUCGUCAUCAGAUUGUGCCUAUGACACAGGCAAUACAAUUUUACGAAAACAAUGGCGAGACUGGCCUGUCUACCGUAUUUGUCCAUCCUUCCCAAUUCAAAAUUACCGUGGGCCCAGAUGGCACGCCAGGAAAGAUACCGAUAGGUCGGGACAUAUUCGAUUAUCGUAAGAGGGAACACCUUGUUCUAUGGAAGAAGUUUGCCAACUACAUGAUGGCUUACGGCCGGGACCAAGACGCCUCUACGGAUGACGCUGGACUUGUGCAGCCCCCCACGUCUACUAAGCAAACCAUGCCCCCGAGCGAUGUAGUCACCUUUUAUCAACGAAUUGGCGACGUUGGCUGCUGGGUCUUUGCUGAUGGACACCUUCAGUUCAACUUCCCCGAUCACACUAAGAUCGUGCUGGAUGCGACUGGUACUUGGUGUCAUUUCUGGCAUCUUCCACAGGAGGCGGCAGAAAAGCUAGCAUCUAGUGGUGAGCUAGAUGAGAGUGCCCUGGAUGAACGAGCGGUUCUGUCUUAUCCUCUACAAACAUUGCUCAACUUUGCUACCAAACCGGCUAUUCGACCGACGCGCAAUGUUACGCGCAAGCGUCCGGAAAUUAACCCCAUGAUACAAGGUAUACCCGCAGCUAAUGACUUCCGUCGAAAGAUUGAAUUCAUAAAGAACAUGAUUAAAGAGUGGGUCGUCAAUGGUGGUUUAGGUAAUAGUUAUAUGGAUCGCGAGCAUCGUCAGCAGUGGACCGGCUCUCGCGAGACGGUCCACAGCGGACCCAGCAAGCACGUCUGGGUGACGAUCGGAGCGCGAUGGGGCGAUGAGAGAUAUUCGGCUGUCGUCGAUCCUAAGAAGCCUAGAGAGUUAGGCGACGAAGUCGAGCCGAAAUCAUCAUCAUCGUCAUCAUCAAGCUCGUCGUAAGAUGACUGAGUCACGAUAACGUUCAAUGUCGAACGACGAAAUUUAAUAAGUGAGGGCGAAAGGGUUGCAGGGCUAUUUUUGAAGCCACGAGUUGAUGACACAGGGGCGUUUGCAUUCGUCCUUAUUUUAUUUAUUAUAGCCCCAGAUUCAUCGCAUGGCGUAUAGGCAGGCAGUGUACGGUGGUUAAUAUACCUUUAUUGAGAACUCAAUUCAUGAUAAUUCUACUUGAUUUUGCCAAACGUGACGUUUAUGCUGAUUUUCUUGUAUUAUAUGUAGGUGAUUGUUAUACAUGAUGAUGGAUAAGAGCCCUUUCAUGGUAAGGUUAUCGGCUGGUUGGUUACUCGAAGCUGAGACCGAUAUAUGCCUCACUGCUAGACUACCUAAUACGUGUACCUACCUAUAUAUAUAUAG